CUUUCGCUGCGUUGCCAUUCUUUUCUGAACAUUCCUUCAAGCUGCGUCAAGAUCUAAACUUUGGACAUCAAUUGCACACAUCACUUUCGUUACAAUGAAACUCACACUCUCUCUUCUCCCGCUUGCUUUCUUGCCAUUGUCUACCUUUGGACAAGGGAUAUCGGAUGAUGAUGGCUACUCUGGAUACAAAUUAGAUAUCCGUCAAGACAACGAUCCCCUCGCCGUUGUGUACGAAACAGAAAACACCAACAACAAUGUCUCAUCGUCGGUACCAGAGCCCGACGUGUUCUUGAAUGCCUCAGUCCACGUUGGAGAAAUCAACAUUGAGGUCCAGAACCUGACCGCAAAGAUCAACCUCGAUGCUCAAGUUCUUCAACUGUUGCAAUUCAACGCCGGCGUCGAUCUCAGCAUCGACCGCGUCUUCUUGCUUAUCCAAAACGUCACCGCAAAAGUCCUGCUGGAGGCCCGCCUCGCAAACCUCGUUUUGAUGAUCAACGACACAUUGAACUCCAUCGACCUGAACCCCAUCAUCGCAGAGCUCGGAAGCGGUCUCGGAACGAUUAUCAACGAGACCGGCGAGCUGAUCGGUGGCUUGGAAGCCGAGGAGGCUACUGCGAAGAACAAGCGUGGCAUCGAUCUGAUGCAAUUCCAGCUCGAGAGCAACAUUCUCUACUCAGUGAAUGAUUACUCCGGCAACACGCACACCAAUCGCAUUCUUGCACAGAACGGCGAUAUUGUCGAGCAGACCCUUGACAACAACGGCCGCAUUCAAGCAACGAGGAACGUUGGUAGUUACCUCCAAGACAUGCGAUUCAACGGUUUUAAUCAGACCGUCACGUACAAGGGUCAAGAGGUGUGGGAAGAAGAGUAUGUGUAUGAACCUUUCCCAGGCCUAAUGGCUAUCUCUGGAAUCUUCCUCGACAAAGACAGUGGAGAGGUUGUUGGCGCCCAGCUCCUGGCUGAGGCGAGGGGAGGUGGUUCUUCGUCGAUAUCAGCAAGCGAAGAGCUGAAGUCGUAGUUGCAUGGUGUUUUCCAUAUCCUGU